AUGGAUCCCCUCAUAACUGUGGUAGGCGCGACAGGCACCGGCAAGUCCAAGCUCGCUGUGGACUUGGCCGCCCGAUUUAACGGUGAAAUCAUCAAUGGCGACGCCAUGCAAAUGUAUCGCGGUUUGCCCAUCAUCACCAAUCAGAUUCCCCUCAAUGAACGAAAAGAUAUCCCCCACCAUCUUCUCAGCUGCGUAGACCUCGACACCGAGGCGUGGCGGAUCGGACACUUCAAAAGAGAGGCGCUACGACUGAUCGCUGACAUCCGAAGCCGUGGCAAACUCCCGAUCCUGGUCGGGGGAACUCAUUACUAUACGCAAGCUGUGUUAUUCAAGGAUCAACUAGUCGGUGAAGGAUGCGAUUCAGAAUCUGAGACCACAGCAAAGACAGCAAACGAAACGCAAAGGCUGGACUCGACCUCCACAUCAGAAAAAUGGCCCAUACUCGACUCUUCUCCCGAAGUGCUCAUGCAGAAAUUGAGAGAAGUGGACCCGGUCAUGGCUGCGCGGUGGCAUCCAAAGGACGGCCGUAAGAUUCGCCGCUCUUUGGAGAUAUAUUUCCAAACCGGGCGACCGGCCUCGGAAAUCUAUGCGGAACAGCAAGAACAGAAGCAGAAAGCUGCUACUCAAACGGAAGGAGGACUGCUGCGAUUUGACAACACGUUGAUCUUCUGGGUCCAUGCCGAGAAGGAAAUUCUCAAUCAACGACUGGAUGCACGAGUCGAUGGUAUGAUCGAACAAGGCAUGAUGGCCGAGGCGGAGACAAUGUACGACUUUAUACAACAGAAGAAAGCCGAGGGCGUGGAAGUGGAUCAAACUCGUGGCGUGUGGGUUUCUAUUGGGUUUAAAGAGUUGGCACCAUACUUUGCGGCACGUCACGAGGGAGUUCUCAACGAGGAUGAGUUGGGCACGUUACGCAGUCAGUGCAUCGAAGCGAUUCGCACGGCGACGCGGCAGUACGGAGGCUCUCAGAUCAAAUGGAUCCGCAACAAGCUGUGGCGAGCACUCGCCGAUGCUGAUAUGACCCAGCGACUCUACCUGUUAGACAGCAGUGACGUUGCACAAUGGACUAGCCGCAUCACAGAACCGUCAGAGGACAUUGUCCGCGCGGUGAAGCAAGGUGCCUCGACGCCUGAUCCCAAAUCUCUGUCCGCCCUCGCUCGAACCAUCCUCGGCGCUCGAGAAGAACAGGGCGUAUCGUCUACGUCGCCCCUGAAGGCUUUCACCUGUGAUGUCUGUGCAAAGACGGUCGUAGGAGACGCCCAGUGGGAAAUUCACUUGAAUUCGUAUGGGCAUAAACGGGGUCUCAAGUCCGCCGCUCGAAAGGCCGAGCGCGACGAGUACUUUCGCAAACGCGCCAUGGAAGAACAGGGAGAGGGUUCGGAGAAAGAUGCAGAUGCGAAGGGGACAAACAAGAGGACUUUCGACCGAACAGAGAAUGAGUAG